AUGAAAAUGGUGUUUUCUGGUGAGGAGGAGUGCCAAGGAAUCAAAGAUGUUGAUUUUCUCUCCCCGUUCUUCUGCACCAAGCACAAAGAUGAAACCCAGCCUGACAGAUCUCUUUUCCCAUUUCUGUUGCCCAGGUCCCUGGCCAUUGGUCACCAGUACUCGUCCCUGGGGACCCAGCCCAUCCUGUGUGGGAGCAUCCCGGGGCUGGUGCCCAAGCAGCUGCGCUUCUGCAGGAACUACGUGGAGAUCAUGCCCAGCGUGGCAGAGGGGGUGAAGAUUGGCAUCCAGGAGUGCCAGCACCAGUUCCGAGGGAGGAGGUGGAACUGCACCACUGUCAACGACAGCUUGGCCAUCUUUGGGCCCGUGCUGGAUAAAGCCACCAGGGAGUCGGCCUUCGUCCACGCCAUCGCCUCCGCCGGGGUGGCUUUCGCUGUCACCAGGUCCUGUGCCGAGGGCUCGGCCACCAUCUGCGGGUGUGACACGCGCCACAAGGGCUCUCCUGGCGAGGGCUGGAAGUGGGGAGGCUGCAGUGAGGACGUGGAGUUCGGCAGCAUGGUGUCCCGGGAGUUCGCGGACGCGCGGGAGAACCGGCCCGACGCGCGCUCGGCCAUGAACCGGCACAACAAUGAGGCUGGAAGGACGUCCAUCAUUGAGCUGAUGCACCUCAAGUGCAAGUGCCACGGGCUCUCGGGCAGCUGUGAGGUGAAGACCUGCUGGUGGUCCCAGCCCGACUUCAGGGUCAUCGGCGACUACCUCAAGGACAAGUAUGACAGCGCGUCCGAGAUGGUGGUGGAAAAACACCGGGAAUCCCGCGGCUGGGUGGAGACCCUGCGGCCCAAAUACAACUUCUUCAAGGCCCCCACUGAGAAGGACCUGGUCUACUACGAGAACUCGCCAAACUUUUGCGAGCCCAACCCCGAGACAGGCUCCUUCGGGACCCGCGACAGGAUCUGCAACGUCACCUCCCACGGCAUCGACGGCUGUGACCUCCUGUGCUGCGGCCGUGGGCACAACACGAGGACUGAGAAAAGGAAAGAGAAGUGUCACUGUAUCUUCCACUGGUGCUGCUACGUCCGCUGCCAGGAGUGCAUACGAGUCUACGACGUCCACACGUGCAAAUAAAUCAGGCGUAAAUACCCCCCUUGGCCGGGCUCCGAGUGGAGAAAUGGAUUUUUUGAGCCUACUUCCUCUGAGGUUGCAGACGUGAGAGAAGUCUACUUUUUUUGAUAUUAAAAAAGAAUUAAAACUGGACAAAAAAAUUUAAAAAAUAAAAAGGCUAUAACUGGUUGGAUAGAAUAGGUCUAAUGACUCCUGGGCUAUCCCAAGGUACAUCUGGCAGUCACACAAGUUCUGCCCCGAUGCCGAUGCCUCUGGAAGGAGAGCAGCUCUUUCCACCAGCCCACAACACUGAGCUGGAAAGAAGAGCAUUAGCAAAAGCAUGGAAUUGCUCUGCUCCCACCCACCUGAAGUGACUCAUGUGAUUAAGUGUCCUUUGAAAGACUUGCAUCUUCCUAAGCAUCUCCUUUUCCCUCAGCCAGGCAGAGGCUGUGCUGAACAGCACUGAGUUUCUGAGAGAUCUCUCUGCAAACACGAAUGGCCAGACUGUGUGAUAUGAGCAACAGCAGCAAAAGAAAUAAAAGCAGAUAAAUUAAGGAUUUUUAAAAUAAAAAAUAUGACUACUUUGCUUUUGCCUUGGAACCAGAGAAGUCUACAAAUAUUUAACAGAGCUGGAGAGUAGGCAAGCUCUUGAUGCGAACUUUUUAGCGUAGUAGCUUCUGCCAGAUUGGACAUAGGAUCCUGUGACAUCUGUAGAAAUGGAAGGAGGGAGAAGAGGAGGGAGAGAAAGAGAGAAAACUUCUGAUGACUUCUUGUAAACUCCCUGUUGGCACACAGGUGAUGUGCACAGCAUGGAAAAGCUCAGAGUCUUGUGUGUGAAGUGAAGAGGACUCUGUGUGCAUUGAGAAGGACGCAGUCCCACAGCUGGGAAUGCUGCUCCAGCUCUCCAGCCUGGCACGUGGCUCAGCCAGUGAGUUUUCCUUGGAAACGUGGUGCAGUGAAUCUCUGGGGCUGUUCACUCACUCCUGAGCACGGGACAUCCCUCUCCUCAGCACCCCAGGGAAAGGAUGGCAAGGGAAAGUGUUCACCCUUCCCACCUCACUGAGCAGGUCUGUCACCAGCAGUUGGAAAGUGCACUUAGUUCUUCCACUCUCUGCACCUGAUGCAGGCUCCCCAGGCACUUGGCAGCAGCCUGAGCCCACAGGUCUGUCGGGAACAUGGAUCUGAAGGACUCAUUGUCACCCAUUAAUGGACACGAGGGUGAAGCAGCCCACCACCACCACACCCCACAAGCUGGAGCAGUCUCAGACUCAAGCCAAACCUUGUUCCACAGCUAAUUCCUGUAAAAGUGGCACAGAUUAAAAUGGACAAAACCCAGAGUGUGAACCAGCCCAGAGUUUGGGUAGGUUUGGACCCAGAGCCAAACCCCAGCUUUGCAGUGCUGGCCAAUCUCUGCUGCUCUGCUCACCCCUGAGUGCCCAUCCUUGCAUGGUGCUCUGCUUCCAACUCCAGGUCAGGAUCACAGCUUACAGAAACAGGUCUCACCUCCUCCAUGGGCAUCAGGAAUUCCUGAAGGGGAUCAGGCAUGAGCUCAGCCCACCACCUUGGUAUUUACAGCACUGGAACCCUGCUUGGGCUAUUCCUGGUCAAUACUGGGGUAAAUGAGAGGUGAACCAAGCACAGUCACAGCCUGUUUUAGCCCCAGAUGCCCUUGCCCUGUGUUCUCUCUGCCUCACCUCUGCUUUUUGGUUCCUAUCCUGGAAAAAGGACAAUGGAUGGGUGUUUAUUCUGUUUCUUCAGUACAGAAAGGGAAACAGGGCAUGAGUUAAUUCCCAUUUCAUGGCAAUGUAAUCAUGGCCCUUGGCUGGAUCACUCCUGGAAAUCUUUGUAGAGAAAUCAGAGUGCUCCUCUCUGUGUCAGCCUUUUCCCAGGAACCAAAGGAGGGAGUAUGCAGAAGAAGAAGGGAACAAACAGAGCUUAAUCCCAUCAGAGAGAAAACAGGAGGAAAUGAUGCCUCCAAGGGCUGGCUCUGACUCACAGCGUCUCCUGGGACUACUCCUAGGUUGGUGCAGUUUAUGCAUCACCCAUUUGUCUCAGGGCUGUGCCCAAGGGCACAAGCAAGAUUUGCUUAUUGAUGGAGGCACUUCUAUCAGUGCUUUGCAAAAAAAAAUAAAAAAAUGCUGCAGUGAAAUGAGAGCAGAAGGAGAGAGGAGAUCGAGAGACGCAAAGAAAAAUAUGGGGAGAAAAAUCAAUCUGUGACACCUGUCCAUGUGAACACUGCACAUCAUCAAUGGCCACACACCAUGUGGAGAAGGCAAUAGGUCACUGAAAACUUAAAUGAAGAUCAAUUAAGGGAUGUAUAACUGAUUUUCAUAAUGCAGUCUUGGAGAAAAGGAAAACUUAAUCAUGGGAAAUAGAGAAGGAAGCCACUGCAGGGGGAGAUUGCACCUGUAACCAACAUUCAAACACAAUCUGUCAGGAAAGCAAAUGCUCCAGAAAACCACACAAGGGGUGGAAGACAUUGAUAAAUUGGAGAGGAUGGGAUAAGGGAAGAUACAUCUGAUUUACUUAAUGUGAUGCAGCGCAAGCAGCCACAAUGAGAGAUGUCAGACAUGUCCUACCAGGAACUUCUGCCAAUAAAUGGUGACACAACAGUGGAAAUUCAAAUCACUGCAGGCCACCACAGUCCCUUCAAUCCAUUGACUGCAGCAGGGUCACACCCACAACUGGUUCUACCCUAAGAUUUUUAAGCCAAGUGAUUUCAAACUCCUUCUUUUAUACCACACCAGUGAAGGAAUGGGUUGGAGGAUUUGGUUUCCAUGAGUGGGAGCUGGAAUCUGGCCCCAGCCCAUUCACAGUAUGUUCCCAUCCACCAUUUCUGCUUUUGCACCAGAACAAGCCCAGCAUCACCAGCAGGUGAAGCGUUUUGGGAAGCAGGGGGGGAAAAAAUUGAAACUGGGCAUUUGCUGAGCAAUUGCCUCUAGAGGUGAACAAAUUUUGACUGCUACAGUGGGAUUUAUUUCAUCCGGUCUAAGCUAUUUAUCUAAUUUUCUGCUGGGAUCAAUGGCAAGAAACAAACCCAGAAGGUGAUUCAUGGUAUUUAGGAUGGUACCUAAGUUAUGUUUGGUUAAGUGCCCUCUGGGUGUAUCUCUGACUUAGCUGCUGAGCUCAGAGCAGACUGUGAGCUCUUCCGUGGGUCCAGACUGAUGAUGUGAAAUCCACCAUGAGUCAAGGAGGUGAAGCUACAACCUGAUCAUCAUCUGAGAUGGGCUGGAGGCUGUGCUCCUUCCCUCCAAGCUGGGGUCAGGCUGGAACCAGCUCAGUGGUUGGGGACUCCUCCCCAUCCAAGGGGAUUUUAACAAAGCCUGUGGGUGCUUGUUUGGGUUUGUUAUGUAAUUAAUCAUCCCUGUGCUGAUCCAAUGUAAGGGGCUGAGCAGCUGCUACUAAAGUCGAUGAAAAAUGCCUGAGUGAAUUCUGUUCAUCACCCCAAACACAACCAGGGGGUUCCAGUCCUGGGGCUGGCUCUGCCCAUCCCUGAGGGGGAAAAAAUCCUGCCAGGGGUCUGGGAGCUGGGCCUGUGUUUUGGAGAGGGGGCUUGGGCCAUUGCUCACUGCUGCACAUGAAUUUGGGAGGUGUCUUUGGAAAACUGAGAUCCCUCUCCACUGCCUACACUGGGUGUCUCGAGUCAGGGUUUCCACUGAACCAGUGAGAAAAUUUGGCCAGUGAUGAGUGAGGUGCCAUCCUUCCCUACAGGAGAUGGUCUGAAUGCCACCCAGAGCUGCCUUCUGCCUCAGCUUCUCCUGUGAAAACAGCAGGACAUUACUUAUGGAAGGGUCUUUGCAUUUCACUCAAUAAAAGAAACAUCUGGUGACAUUUUACAGGUGCCCUACAGUGUCCUGUUGGGGUUCAGAUGUUGUUUCAAUGGCCUAAGACCCACACAGAUCAUAAACCUGGGCAGUCAGAGACCUCUGGGUGUCCAAAAUGACCCAAGAUGUAAUCGUGUAGGCAAUUGAAUUGGGCACUUCUCUUGACAUGGUUUUCUGUCAGACCUUCUCCCCCACCUUGGUGUAAUGCUCCAGUUUAUAGUCAAAAGGAAAACAUCAUUCAUUUCCCACAAAUGGGAGCUGGCCAUCUUCACCUCUGUGCUCCCUGGUGUCCUUCCCUGGUGAGCUUUGUCCUCAGGCAGAUGGUUUGUACCAGAGGUGUCUCUGGCAGGAUGGGGGAAAGGGACAAGGUGUCACCCAACAAAGGAACAGAUGUAAAAAAUAAAAGUGAGAAAGGACCAUAACUCCAUCCUCUCCCAUGCUGCUAUCCAGCCUCUCCUUCAGCUGGACAGAUGGGUCAGAUGGGCCCCAUCAGUUCCACAUCCAAGGUAUUAAAGACAGUGGCGUUACCUGCGAGGGGUGAAUUAGGCCUCAUCUCUUUUCUUUCUAUGAAAGAAAUGGAAAGUUUAGGAGUUUGGUUGUCUUGUUGGGUGUUACAUUUUUUUUUUUUUUUGUUGUUGUCCUUGGUUUGGUUUAGUUUUAGAAUUUGGGGGCUUCUCUUUCUCAGAGAAAAUUAAUAUAUGGGGAGGGAAGAACAUUUUUGAUGCUUGAUCCCAGUUAUCUCUCUCACUGAGUGUCGUACCCAGCAUUGACAGUCUUCUCCAAAGCAUUUUGAAAUCUCCCAAAUUGCUUGCACUCCUCAUGAGAAGCUUCACGUGCAGAACUAGAGCAGUUGGGGUUUAAUUUUUGGAGGGGAUUGCAGAGACAGCCACACCACAAAAUGCAAUAUGGCACAGACAUCCCUGAGUCAGCACUGACCACGUCAGCCCUGCAGUGCUGUCGUCUAAGCUGAGCACUGCAGAUUUUCUGUAUUAACAAACCCCAGAAAACAAUUUCUUCUGCCUCUCAAUCUCAAAUAUUUUUUGGUGUUUUCAUUGCAUUCAUUUGCCACAGAAAUGUCCCUGGAUUAUGUUACAUUUGUCAUGUGUCUUCAUAUUCUUAUCAUGCCCCCAUCCUUAAAUUAAUAUGCAGGAGAAAAAACUCUGAGCUUUGGGUCACUUUUUUUUUUAUUUUUUUAGCUUCAAAGAUUGGUUUCAGUGCUGAAAAUCUGGUGUUUGAUGUUGUUGGGGAUAUUCAGGGAUGGAGAAUGAGCACUCUGCAGGAGCUGGGAGCUGUGAAUCCAGUCCCAGGGUCUGCACUAUGGAAAUUACUCCAGACUUCCCUUGAUGCUUUAACAAAAUCCAUUUGGGAGGAUGAAAACUGGGCCAUGAAAGGCACCAAGCCCAAGUGCCCUGCUCAGAUCUGUCAUUCCUGAGCUCCAGCAGCUGCUGGGGUGAGAUGUCAGGGAGUGUUGGAUGAAGGGAGAGAAGGUGGGCUGGGCAGGACAAGACCUCAUCUCUUCUUCAUACCUAUAAUUUCCUACUUUCUACCUCCCUCCAAGCUAAAUUUGGCUGCUUUAAUUGUGACUUUUCAUUAUGGGAGUCUCUCUUUUUUCCAGAUUUCCCCUCUCUCACUGGAAGCAGCAGUGACAUCUGGCUGAAUUGUUUUAUUCACAUUUUAACCCUUCCAUCCUCCUGUUUCCUGCCCUUCCUUGUGUUCUCCAGCAAAGUUCCUGCUCUGCAGCUCCUCACCCCCAGCUCAGGUCUCCAUAAACAGCUGUGGGGUGCAGAUUCCUCAGUUCGGUGGGAAAUGGGGGCUCCUCUGGCCUCCAUUUCCAGAAGGGGUGUUUAGUCCUCAUUCCUGCCCCUCUCAGUAUUUUCCUGGCUUGGUUAAGUUGACUGCAUUUCCCACUUUUCUACAUUUUCCAGAGGGGUCUUUGGUGCAUUUCCACUUUGGAGGAGGGGAGGAGAUUUUUCUCAAGCAUGAGCAAGAGGCCAGGAGUUGAUUCCCAGGCAGUGGCACCUACAGUGGGAUUUGGAAUACAAAGUGAGAUGCUUAAAGGCAGGUAUCUACAUAUGUGUUAGGUGCCUAAAUCCCCAUAGAAACCAAAUUAUGGGCUCCAUUUGCCUAAACUCAGCGUUUAGGGCUGAACUAAAUUAUUGAAAUAGGUGUCUAGAGCCAUCUGGGAUGCUCCAGGGUACCCCAGUGGUUCCUAAAAGCUACUCUGGAGCAAUGUGGGCUUCCCUUGGAUCUCAGGGCAUAUCUGGCAGAGCCAUACACAUGGUUCUCCAUCAGAGACGGGUGUCUAGAUGUCUCAAUCCCAUGCAGACACAGGCUUGUUUAUGUCUUCAUCCAUGAGCAGGAUCCCACUCCAGAUUCCAAACUCUCUUUAGAUUCUCUGAGGUGGAAAACUGGUCAUGGUCUCAAUUCUCACUUAAACCAACAAAAAUCAGGCACAAGUGUCUCAAGGGGAGCAGAAGGUGAACCUGUUCUGUAAAAAUAAUUAUUUAAUCCACUUUACUGCCUGGUUUGUCAUGGCUGUGACCCCAAGGGAGCAUCUGUGCUCUUCCUGCUGAGGAGCACAUAAAAGGGAAUGGACAGGUUCCACCAAGUCAUCCAUGGGCAAAAUCCUGCCCUUAGGUGGACACCACCCAGAUGGAGGAAAUUCCUGAAGCCACAAGGGUCUGUUCCACAUGAUCUCCUCCUCUGUCUCUGUGGACCUUUACUUACACCAAGGAAGGUCUUGGACAGCCCGGCAUGGGAGUGGGGAAAGCGUGAGGAGAAGCUUUCCCCAUUUCUCUUCCUUUUCCGAGUUUCUUCUUAUUAUUUAUUAGUAUUUAUUUAUUUCUCUCCAUUCAUUCCUCUCCACCAAAAAUCCUGAAGGCAGAUCUGCUGCAGACACGGGCUGAGCAAGCAGCUGAGUGUCACCCAUGGUUCUGAGGGAUGGCACCAUGGUGUCAGAGCUCCUUGCCAAUAUUUCCACCUGCUGCUGCCCCUUGGAAAGCGCAAGAGGUUUGAGGUCAGCCUCCCAAAAAUUCCAAAAUCAGAUAAAACCCUCCUGAUCUCUGCUGUAGUCCUGGUUGUCCCUGUCCCCAGCUGAUGGCAGCUCAGCCUCCACCUCCUCAUCCCAGUGGGAUCCCACUCCAUCAAUCCCUUGUGGCAUCACUUUCUGUCCCUGCCAGGACCCAGCCUGCCCAAACAAGCCCUGCUGUAGCUUUGGACUCUCUGACAAGCCCACCAGCAGUGUGGAAGGCACAAAACACAAAACCUGUAGCACCCCAGGGGAUUCCCCCACGGUACAAAACAUGCUUGUCCAGCACUCAGGGACAAGUCUCUUCUUGUGAGUGGGUUUUUUUGCUGUUGCUUUCCCUUCCCACAGACUGUCUGCCUGAUUACAUCGCCUCCUUCAAAGCUCCAUCACUGUCUGUGACCCCUGCCCUCACCCCUGUGUACAGAUUGCAUGUAUGAUACAACCUGGAAUUCCAAAGCUAUUGUACAAAGUAGAGUUGUCACCUUUUUUUCUUUUUUUUUUUUUUUUCCUCCCUCUCAGUAUUUUGUUAAGUCUGAUGAUUUUUUUAUGAUUAUUUAUUUUAUGAAUAAAUGUAUAUAUUAGUAAGAGUAUAUAUUUGCUGAAAUAACUCAUCGGGACAGUGUUGUUGCUCUGCUGUUGUGCUUGUGACCUCAUUGGCUUUUACCCCAUUUUCUACUGACAGCACAUUAGCAAUGUCUUGUAACUGUUUUUUGUUACCAGUUAAGUUUGAUAGAUGUGUUAACUUUAUAAUUAAAAUCUAAAAAAA